ACAGUCUACACAGUCUGGGGGGAAACAAGUAGCCUACAUGCUAAAAGUAUUUAUUUAUUUAUUUCUUAGUGUUAGUUGUCUGCGGUCAUGCGGUCACGCGCUCCUGUACAGUAGGUGGCAGCAUGCCCCUCAAACGUUGGUUUCUAGACCGAUAAUAAAGCUGAAGAAGAAGAAGAAAGAAUCCGCUACGUACGCAGUCAGUUAUUGAAACAGAAAUGGUGUUGAUGCUUGCUUCCUGCUGAGAGUGAGCACACAAUAUGUCAGGGCUGACCUGAUGACCGACUUUGACGUGUUUCUCCACUGUCCCAGCUCUGUUGGAUAGGACGGCACACCCUCUUACUGUCCCCCCCCCCCCACCCUUUGUCUGCCAUACCGUCCUCCUCCAAAGACCUCUGACCGCCUGGGAUUGAUCGUUACCAGCCCUCCGAGCCCCUCUGCCAACGCGCUGCUUUAAAAAAGGAACAAUGUAUUGCCUACAGUGGCUACUUCCAGUGUUGCUCAUCCCCAAGCCGCUGAACCCAGCGCUCUGGUUCAACCAUUCCAUGUUCAUGGGCUUCUACCUGCUCAGCUUCUUGCUGGAGAGGAAGCCCUGCACCAUCUGUGCCUUGGUCUUUCUGGCCGCCCUCUUCCUCAUCUGCUACAGCUGCUGGGGGAACUGCUUCCUCUACCACUGCCAGGACGCCACACUUCCAGACGCUGCCCACGACCCGGCUAUUAUCGGGACCUAAGAGAGAAA